AUGGAGUUCCGAACUAUGGAUAUCACGCUCCGUUCCGGGAAAAAUCUGAACGAUGUCAACCUCUUCAGAAAGAUGGCCGUCUACGCCGUCGUUUGGAUCUCCGGCGGCGACAGGAUCCCCAAGCAGAAGACCAGGACGCCGACCGACCACGGCGGCACCAACCCCACCUGGAACUUCCCGAUGGAGUUCAAGGUGGACGAGGCGGCGCUGCAGCUGAACCGCCUCACCCUCAAGUUCAAGCUCGUCUGCGAGCAGUCGUCGUCCCGCGAUGACAAAGUCGUCGGCGAGCUCAGCGUCCCCAUCAAGGAGCUCCUCGAUUCUCCGGCGACGCCCGACGCCGACGGCAACAAAUUCUUCACCUACCAAGUCCGGAAACCCAGCGGAAGGCCCAAGGGCGAGCUGAAUUUCACCUGCAAAUUCAGCGAGAAAAUGGCCGACGCGUCAGCUGAGGAGAUGAACGAGUAUGUGUUGGCGGUGGAGCUGAAGAAGAAGAUUGAUUCUGCGUUAGAAUUGGGGAAGAAUGCGAUUGGCAUUGGAAAAUCGGGGGCGAGCAAGUUGAUGAAGUAUGGGUUGGCCCGGUUGGGAUCGGGUCUGGGGAAGAAGAAGAGGGAGUUUGGGCGCGCAUGGCAUAAGUUCACGGACGGAGUGGGGCAGAACAAGGAGGAAGACUACCAACCGGUCCGCCCCAACCCGACCCAGACCCAGACACCAGAUACGAAAUGGGCCACAUCCGGCUUCUCCAGGAUCCUCGCUAAGCGCGGUCUAUAA